GGGAUGUGGUUGAACAUGUGAAGACUAGAGCUUGAACGUUGAGCUUAACGUGAAUAUAAACUCACAUCUGUUUCUCUGUCAUCGCAAUUGUCUGUCAUCGUAUUGCUUUACCGUGCCACUACAUUACUUUUGAUCCACUUUCAAUAUCGUGUCGAUGCCAUGCUUUCAAACGAGAUCCGCAAGAUAGAGAACCAAGUGCGCUUCCAUGACUGGGCCGACAAGUUGUAUUCGUGUCGCAAUGAGAAGCUCACGAAUUGGGUGACUUCCUUUCAUCCAGACAAGCUCGCUUGCCGCCUCGCUCACGAUUCGGUUGAUGAUGACUGGAAGGGCAACUUUAACUGGUGUGUUCGUGUCAUUUUCUCCAACGAAGACAGCUGGAUCGUCCGUUUCCCGCAGGGUGGUAGGGUGGCUGUACCUGAUGAAAAAGUGGAGUGUGAAGUCGCCGCUAUCAUGCUGAUUCGCCAGCAUACGGAUAUACCGGUGCCGGCUGUGAAGGCAUGGGGGCUCUCACAUGAAAACGCCCUUGGACUAGGACCUUUUAUGAUGUCCCAAUUCGUGGAAGGCGUAAGCCUCGGCGGAAUUCUUCAAGAUCCGGAAGCAAAACACCGCUCCAUGGCCGACAACAUUGAAGACAGAAUGCUUGAGAAGAUCUAUCGACAGAUAGCAAAAUUUCAGUUGCAGCUUGCUUCGCUUGAUUUUUCGCACAUCGGCGGCCUAUCUUGUUCUAUGCAACGCGAUGACGAGAGCAAGAUCAUUACUGUCGACAAGCGACCGUUAACAUUGAGGGCUCACUCAAUAUUGAAAUUGGGUGAUGUCGACGUUCUUGGUCUUUCGAAUGCCACCUUUGCACAUGCAACGGAGUACUUUGAACACAUUACACAAGGAAACAUGACACACCUUCGAGAACAGCCGAACUCAACAGAUGACGAGGACGACGCCAGGCAAAGAUAUCGAUAUUGGACGGCGAUGCACAAGCUUGCUCCAAAGGUGUUGAUGUCAGAGUUCAACAAUGGCCCAUUCAAGCUCAUUUGUGACGACUUCACACCGGCCAACAUGAUUGUCAACAACGCGGAAGAUCUUGAGAUUAUCGCCGUCAUCGACUGGGAGUGGUCGUACGCAGGUCCACUGCAGCUGUACUGGUCUCCGCCGCGUUGGCUGCUCCUACAACAACCUGAUUACUGGAAAAAGGACGAGGAACGGCUCGAUCGAUACAAGCAUUGUUUGUUCCUCUAUCUGAGGAUUCUCGAGGAUGAAGAAGAGAAUUCUCCAAAUCUGAUCAGUGAAGCUCGUCCUCGCGGCUCUUCCUUGAUCAAACAGGCAUGGCAAGAUGGGAGAAUUUGGUACCACCACAUCCUGCUCGGUUCUUUCCACCAUAUCUCAGACGUUCCGUAUCGCGAGCUGAAAGCUGUCGCACCGGAAUUGGACGACCUUGCCAACGCAGUACCUGCCCAAGAAGUAGAAGUGUUUGUCGAAAUGAAGAUGGAACAACUCCGGACCUACAAGGCUGAUUUGCCGAAGAAGACUGAAGAGUACCUGCAGUAUGUCCGUGCUUAUUUGGACAAGGAGGCCGAGGAGCAAUAUCAGACGGCACGAGCUAUACUGGCGGAGGAAAAUGAGGCGGAAGUACAACUUUUCAAGGCCAAUCCAGGGGAAGGGGAUGAUGAUGAGCAAUUGCAGCUCUUCAAAGCGAAGCUGGCGAAGGAGGCUGACGCAAAAUUGCACUUCCUCAAGGAAGCGUUGGAAGCGAGGAAGGAAAGGUCCGUGCCAAAGUACAUGGCCAUUUUGGAGGAGGACUAGCACCAAGUGAUGAACACCGUGAUGAGCCAAACGCUGUAUCGUAUCGGUGUUCAAUAGAAGCACCUACGUAUUUCGGCUUCGAAUGCUGACUCCUCUUUGCAAUUCUGGGUGACUUAUCACUCAAGUCUUGCAAUCUGCUGUG